AUGGCCAUUCUCCCGAUCCUUCAUUUCAAUGAUGUCUAUCGCGUACAACCUUUCAAGCUGUCUCCGAAAUCGCCAGAGACCAUCGACGUCACCCAAUGGGCUGCGAUGCUCGACAACUUGCGCGACCAAUGGCCCGAGCGGACUGACGGCAAACGCGACGGCCUCGUUCUCUUCUCGGGCGAUGUCUUCUCGCCCUCCGUAGAGAGCUCAGUUACACGAGGAAGUCAUAUGGUGCCGGUCCUAAAUGCAAUUGCCCCGGAUGUGUCCAUGACAGGAAAUCAUGAUUUCGACUUCGGCUAUCCUCAUCUAUCCGAGCUGAUCAAGGACACGCACUUCCCGUGGUUGCUCAGCAACAUCGUCGACAACACCACGUCUCGCAUCCCUGAACAGUUGCAAGAGUUUCAAGUGCUCGAGCGCGCGGGCGUACGCGUCGGCUUAAUCGGGCUCGUCGAGAAAGAGUGGAUUGGCACUGUCUCAUCAUGGCCCGAGAACUUCGAGUAUCGCGACAUGGCGCAAGUAGGCAUAGACUUGUCCAAACGUCUCCGAGAUCCCGAAGGAGAACACAAAUGCGACAUCGUCAUUGCUCUGACGCACGCACGGACAUCGCUCUGGCGAAGGCAUUGCGCGCUUGCUCCCUGCAGCUCAGAAAAGCGUCCCAUACAUGAUGAGCACGGCGUAGAUCUCAUCCUCGGUGGUCAUGAUCACCUCUACUACAUUUCCCAUGGUGUGACCUCUUGGGAGGGCUAUGAUAUCACACAUCCAGUGCUGGGGGCAGAGGAGGACAAGGGUGACGUGCUCAUCGUCAAGAGCGGGACUGACUUCCGUGAUCUGAGCGAAUUUACUUUGGACCUGGCCGAUACACCGCCUGGGAGCGUGCGACGCAAAGUGAUCAAAGAAAUACGAGGCAAGCGACAUUCAACACAGCCAGGCUCGAAGAAGAACGAGCGCAUCGCAAAGCUGCUGAAGUCUAUCCUAUCUUCCGUUUCGGAUGCGCUCAAGGCGCCCGUGUGCAAGACAGAGGUCGAGCUCGAUCUCCGCUCACAACUGAUCCGCGUACAGGAGACAGCAGCUGCCAACUGGUUUGCCGACGUCCUACGACACGCAUAUGAUGAGGCUCCAGACAUGGCCGGAGGCUCUGACGGCGUGUUCAUAUGCGCAGGGACUCUGCGUGGCGAUUCUGUCUACGGGCCCGGAAUUGUAACACUUGGCGACAUCAUGGAGAUUCUCCCCUUUGAGGAUCCUAUCGUCGCGCUUGAAUUAGAUGGCGAAGCGAUCUGGGACGCGCUCGAACAAUCGCUUUCUACCUGGCCUGCGCAAGAAGGACGCUUCCCAGUGGUCUCCGGCUUCCGGGUCUCCUGGGACUCGCGUCGCCCGCAGGGUCAGCGCGUCCUCGGCGUGUGGCUCCUCCAAGAGCCCACAGAGAGCGUGAGCACGAGUGUCUCUCCGACGCCCGUGUCCUCCGCGAACGCGUCAAUGACAAGUCUACGCUCGAUCGAGGCACCGAGCAGCGGCACUGCUACCCCCACGCCUGCGCUGGUGGAUGGCCAGCCCAUCGAGCGCACCCAGGGUGGGCGAAAAUAUCGGAUCAUCACGAGGGAGUAUAUGGCUCAGGGUCAUGAUGGGUUCCUUGCGAUGAAGGGCAAGAGGUACCUGGUGGAUGACGAGAGCGGGCAGCUGAUGAGCCAGCUCGUGCGCAAGUAUUUGCUGGGGUGCCGCUAUGUGAACCGCAUGUCGCGCAUGUCGGACAUCUCGACCAUCGAAUGUCUCCACCCCAAGACCCAGAGCGUGAUCUCAACGGAGAAGGCCCGGCGCGAGCACUACGAUCGCCAUAAGCAUUCGCACUCUCAUCACAGCCACCACUCUCACUCGCAAUCGCACUCUCGUUCCCGUUCCAAAACUCCACACAAAGUGUCAAUCGACAGCCAAAUCACCGGCCUGCGCGAGCGCUCACCGUCGCCAAGUGUCGUCCACAAGUGGCGGCACGUAGCGAAGCGAGCACUGCGCUGGUCUCGCGCGCACUAUCGUGACAAUAUCCGUAUCACGGGCCGGGAGCAUAUGAGCCCUGUCGAUCACUUCGACGGCUCGAGUCUGAGGAAGCGGCCUACGGAGCAGACAAAUGUGGGGGUAAAUGAGGCUGAGACGAAGGCUAAGGAGGAUGAAGAGGACCUCGCAGUGAUACAUCCGGUGGUGGAUGGGAGGCUUAAGGACGAAGGUAGAAAUUGA